AUGGCGGAGAACGACGAGCGCGCCCUCCAGAGGGUAUCUCUCCAGAGCAACGAUGGCCAGGUCAUCACCGUCGAUCGUGUGGUUGCCGAGCGAUCUCUUCUCAUCAAGAACUUGAUCGAGGAUUUGGGCGACGAGGCUGUCAUGAACGAGGCUAUCCCCCUACCAAACGUGAACGAGCCUGUCCUGCGCAAGGUUGUCGAGUGGUGCGAGCACCACCGCAAGGACCCGCCCCAGACCACCGAGGACGAGAACGACAGCCGCAAGAAGAGCACAGAAAUCGACGAGUGGGACCAAAAGUUUAUGCAGGUCGACCAGGAGAUGCUCUUUGAGAUCAUUCUCGCUGCCAACUACAUGGACAUCAAGCCCCUCCUUGAUGUCGGCUGCAAGACCGUAGCCAACAUGAUCAAGGGCAAGUCCCCGGAGGAGAUCAGGAAGACGUUCAACAUCACCAACGACUUCACUCCGGAGGAGGAGGAGCAGAUCCGUCGCGAGAACGAGUGGGCCGAGGAUCGUUAA